AUGGCGCGGCUGUGCGGGCCCGGGCGGAGCCGGGCGCUGCUGGCCUCGCUGCUGCCGCUGCUCUUCCUCCGGGCGGAGGCGGCGGACCGGGACCUCGGUCACUUUUGCAGGGUCCCGCCGGUGGCGGGGAGCUGCCGGGCUUCCCUGCGCAGGUGGUGGUACAACGCCACGGGCGGGACCUGCCAGCAGUUCGUGUAUGGAGGCUGCGGUGGGAACGACAACAACUACCUGACCGAAGAGAAGUGUCUUGAGAAAUGUGCUAAUGUCCCCGAAAACGCGCCUGGCGAUCGCCUGCCCACCGGCAGGAGUGGGGCAGGUUCCUCUGCGCCAGGGGUGCCCCCCCGCGACACGUUCCACUACGGAGAGCACUGCCUGGCCAGGGCGGCCCCCGGGCCCUGCCGCUCCUCCUUCCCGCGCUGGUACUUCGACGCCCAGAAGAACACCUGCCAUAACUUUAUCUACGGAGGGUGUUGGGGCAAUAAGAACAACUACCUCUCCAAGGAGACCUGCCUGAGGCGCUGCUCCUCGGGGGGCAGGCAGGCGUACCCCGCGCUGCCCUGUGGCACCAGAGCCGUCCUGGAGGGGCUGUUCCUCACCGUCCUCCUCCUCCUGCUGGGGGCCUCCGUGGGCUACCUGAUCCUCGUGGCGCGGAGGAACCGGGACAGCUGCUCCUACGUCUGCAGCCUCCGGGGCGCCGAGAAGCCCGUGUGGAAGAAGAGGGGGACCUGGGGAAGGGGAGGGGUGACCACCGCGGAAUGCCAGUGUGCUGUUUAA